AUCACGCACAAACAAUAACAGUAAAUUUCUCAAACAAUUACAGUAAAUCUCUCUCUCUCUCUCUCUCUCUCUCUCUCUCUCUCUCUCUCCGCCAACUCUAUUUACGGGUGGAGAAGAAGGAGGAGGACGAAACCCUAGCCCUCAACGAUGAUGUCCAGCGGUGGCUACACCACCAUCGACAACCAGAAGGUCUCCGGAUCCGUACCGGCCGCCACAGGUCCCGAUCAUGUCACCGUCAAGUUCGCAGAGUCCAAUCUCCAAACCUUCCCGCCGUCCGAGGCCCAGGGGAAGAUCUCCGCUGCGUACCGACCUCCACAAGAUGCUGAUGAUACGUUCUCGAAGCCGGGGCAGGGGAGUGCCUCUGGCGAGGAUUCGCAACAGAACGGGUGGUACCGGAUGUUCACAGUGGCGGCGUAUAAGCCGUACUUUGAUGUUGAUACUGCAGAUGUUUUGGAACGGAUCAGAGAUUCGCUCUUCCCAUUCAAGGGGAGCUUUAACGAGAAGACGUCGGACAAUCCGGACCUGUAUGGACCUUUUUGGAUAUGCACUACAUUGAUUUUUGUUGCAGCGGCUAUUGGAACAUUUGUUACUUAUGUGGCGCACAAAUUGCAGAAAAAAGAGUGGAACUAUGACAUAAACCUGGUUACGUGGUCUGCUGGUUUAUUCUAUGGUUACGUAACUUUUGUUCCUCUUGCUUUGUAUGUCAUUCUCAAGUACUUCUCAGCACCAUCAGGACUUGUGCAACUUUGGUGUCUAUACGGUUAUUCUCUCUUCAUAUUCAUUCCAGCCUCGUGCCUUUCCAUUAUACCGGUAGAGAUCUUCAGAUGGGUGGUUGCUGGUGUUGCUGGGUUCAUGUCGGCAACUUUUGUUGCCGUCAAUCUCCGUGCUCAUAUUGUAUCCGCUGGCGAGCGGUGGUUCCUCAUUGUUGCUGGGAUAUUCCUGUUGCAGGUGGCUCUUGCUGUCAUUUUGAAGCUCUAUUUUUUCACCAUUACUGUAGGUACAAACUAAAGCUGAAUGGUUUCCCCGUUUCUUUUGUGAGGACAUGAAGAUCUCUCUCACUCCCUCCUUAGCCUAGUUUUCUUUGUAUUCAUGUUUAGUCCAAGUAUACAAGAAGCAUUCUUUAUUUCUGCUGGCCUAUUGUGAUUCUUCAAAUUUCAAAGUGAAUAACCUUGCACCUGGCCCUUGUCGGGUUUGGUAUUGAAUCGGAUGUGCGGUGCUCUUGUAAAA